AUGGAAACUGUGGCUGACGUUACUCCGCUGGUAGCUGAACCCUCAACUUCGGAUGCCGCAAAAAAUCGCUUUGUUGUGCCAGGCGAUCGUUUAUUACCAAUUUCUGAUCAAAUUAGAGCUGCAGCUGGUACUUAUGAAAUGUAUGGAUACGUGUAUGCAUCGCUUGCUGGCACUGUUUGUACCUACCGGGUCAAAGAGGGUUUGAAGGAUAUAACGGCAAUUGAAGUAAGGAAGAAUACAGAAGAGAAACAGACGCACAUAAUUCCUUAUGUCGGCUGCAUCGCAACAGCAAAGGUUUUGAAUCUGGGGUUGCGUUACGCGAAAUGCUCUGUCUUGUGUGUGGAUAAUUCCGUGUUAAGUCAUCAGUUCAUGGGCAUCUUAAGAAAAGAAGAUAUCUUGGAAACUGGGAAAGAAAAGACUGAAAUAGCUGCAUGCGUUCGGCCCGGUGACAUAAUUCUUGUACGAGUAAUUGGAUUUGGUGAUAAUCAAACGUCCUUUUUGCUCAGUACUGCUGAACCUCAAUUAGGUGUUGUUAGUGGCAUGGGUGAUCACGGUGAACGAAUGAUACCUGUUUCGUUCAGUGAAGUCCGGUCAGUUACUACGGGUGUUGUUGAACCCCGUAAGGUUGCUAAAAUUCCAAGUCUCAAUCAUGAUUUCUACGAAACUUUGAAAAAAUGCAGCCUGUCGUUACAGGAACAGUUCUGUUUGCAUAUUAACGAAUUAUAUGAAAUGGAUUCCUUGUUUAAUCCUGGCCACUUUGGGUCUGCCUUGCCCAAUACGUUAACUGCUUUUCCUCAUUAUCAGAUCACGUCACCUGACAUAGUGCCUCGGUUUUCUGCGUCUCUAGAGCCUCCCCCACCACCACCUCCUUUUGGUUUUGGCAGUGAUGCAAAACUUCCGCUUAAGCAUAACCGUUCAGCUGGUUUGGCUCUGAUUGGUAAGCUUUUACAGUUGUAG